AAAAAGCUGGACUUCCGGCGAGCGGUAAUGACGACAUCGGCGCGCGACGUGCCCUCGCCCGCAUACCUACCUACGCUGGGUCACCCUCCGAAAGCAUGAGCCGCAAGUGGGCGACCUUGUCGCUGGGACUGGGAGCGGUCGUCGGCUUCUCGGUCGGCCGCCUGUGGAGGCCGUCGGGCGUCCGAGAGGAAGAGCCGGGAGGCGCUCUCUUGGAGCUGCCCGUGGUUCCGGUCCCGAGCGUCCACGCUGACUCCGGACUGAUGUUGAGUCGCGGCCCCGGCGGAGGCGGCGCCGUGAUGAAGUACGGCUUCCCGUCCCUCUCCAACAUUCGAACGCGAGAAUCCUACGUGAGUUCGUACGACCCGAGGACCAGGACGCCCGCGUGGGUCGCGGAGCGGAUCGCCGGCGACGCGCUCGGCGGGACGGCCGACAGGAAGAACUGCGACUUCAAGGAGGACGACAGCGUCCACGAGUUCCAUCGCGCCACCAACGCCGACUACAGGGGGAGCGGCCUGGACAGGGGUCACAUGGCGGCGGCCGCCAAUCACAAGUGGAGCCAGAAGGCCAUGGACGACACCUUUUACCUCAGCAACGUCGCGCCUCAGAACCCUCACUUGAACCAGAACGCUUGGAACAAUUUGGAGAAGUUGUGCCGCUCGCUCAGCAAAAGUUACGCCAACGUCUACGUGUGCACCGGGCCGCUGUACCUGCCCAGGCAGGAAGCCGACGGCAAACUUUACGUCCGCUAUCGAGUUCUGGGGCGGAACCACGUGGCCGUGCCGACGCACUUCUUUAAGGUGUUGAUCUUGGAGCGGCGGGGCCUCCCGGGCGUGGAGCUGCGCUCCUACGUUCUCCCCAACGAGCCCGUGGACGAGAAAAUUCCUCUGGAGCGUUUCUUGGUUCCCAUAGAAAGCGUGGAGAGGGCGUCGGGCCUCCUCUUCGUCCCCAACAUCGCCAGGACCGGCGGGGGCCCGGUCACCGUCAAAUCCGUCCAGAAUGCCAUCGGGUAAACGAGUCGACCCGCGCCGAAGAAGGUCGCGUUUAGGAACGCCGGGACUGAUUGUCAUGGUAUUUUCACCAUGUGUUACAGCAGAUAUUAUCUGUCGCGUGGCCGUUAAAAUCAUUUACGAUAGUCUCGUAAAACAUCGGUAAGUAUGCCGGGUUGUAAGUGUACACGCCUGCAGCCUUUGUGCAUGGGCUGGUCACAGCCUAGCAUAGUCGCUAUGCCUAGUGACCUCCAAAUGUCUCCAAACUAAGAAAUGAGGGAAAGACCCUAAUCACUCAUGAUGAUGAACAAAUCAUAAACCCAUCACUACUGUGUCACCAGAAAGUUACAAAAAAAAAAAAGUAAAAGAAUUGAUUCAAAAUGCAUCUUGGGAAUUUUCACUCAUUGGCAAGGUCUCAACUCUGGUCCUAUGAUUGCCCACCUGUAUUUGUAAUGCUUUGGUCACCCCCCCUAGUGGUUCUUUACGUUAAUGACACAUUUUGACACGUUUCAAUUUCUUUUAUUGAUAUGGAAUAUUAUUUAGGCACAUUUUAAAGCUGAUUAUUCACUGAAUGGAAAACCUUGAACUUGUUGCAUUUAUCAGGAUUAAAGCAUCCCGUGGGGCAUCGCAAUACAAUUAGCAGUAAUAUGUUCACGUCCACGACCGCAUAUCGGGUCGAUAUCGGUACCGCAUCGCUUUCAUAUGUGUGAAAAAGACAAAUCUAAUCAUGAUUCUACUACAAAGUAAGAUUGACUUGUUUAAAAUGCCGCCGAUAGCUCAGAAAAACAGAUCACUGCUGCCUUCCCAUUGAGACAUUUGUUGUGAUGAAAAAAAAAUAGGAGUCGCUUUACCAAAUGAAGAUGGCCACUUGCAAUGUAGCCAACAGAACGAUGAGUCACUGAAGAGCGAGUCCGAAAAGACAAAAAAAAAAAAAAAAAAAAAAUGUGGCACGGUUUCGGCCGGGCCGCAUAAGUAGAGCGGCUCCCGUUUUUGGGGUUUCAGUCCCGACGGCUCUCCGGACUCGGGGGCGUACGUACCGCACUUUUGACGGCCCGCUGCAAGAGCCACGCGCCGAGGUGCACGGCCAACAGCGAGCCGGCCGCCGCCCACGGCCAGUUGCGUCGCAGCCACCCGCCGGGCUUCAUCCGAAAAGGUUACUCGCUCUUGGCGGGCUUCUUGUACAAGUGGGGGCGGGUCUUGAGCUGGUACCACCCGGCGUAGAUUGCGACCAAACUGGUGCCCAUCACAAUCAGGACCUUGUAGUUUUUCCACACACCCAUGGCGCCAAAUCCAACUUUCCUAAGGAGGAUUCUAAAAUGAGUAUUAUUUUGAUAGUCGGUGAAUUGUUUCCGGACAGUGUUGACUUAAAUUUGUCCAAAUACUAAUACGACCACAUUUUUUUUCUUUGUUAAAUAGACAGUUGCUUUUAUUUAGCUUUAGGUAAACUUUAAUUAAAAAGCAGCAAAAAGUUUUUCCUCAACAUUUGCAAUACUACUCUAUGGAUUUUUAAAAAUUAUUUUGAAUAGAAAUCUUUUAAAAUAUUAAAAAAUGCUGAAUUUUUCCUUUGAGUUUUUUAAUUAAACCAUCAGUAAUAAAAAAAAAAUACAUUACAAACAUUAGUGUAUUUUUUACUUCCUGUUUGUGCCUCUAAAAAAUAACCGACCAUUUUUCCUUUAUAAUAGAAAAAACAAUAUUUACAACCAGGAAGCUAUAAAUAAAAAAAAUUGAGAAUUUUGUGGUCAACAAUGUCUAAAAGAGUCAUUGACUAUCAAAACACUUGUCAAUUCAUUUGCUAGUCAAUGAGUUGUCGAUCGGUCGUGUAGCAAGUACUAGCAACAAACACGUAGGCCGGCCGAGCACUGGUGUCAAACAGACUGCAUCAAGGGCCAAGUGGGUGCAGGUUUUCUUUCCAACCAAUGAAGAGGACACCUUUUGAACAAUCUGAUGUCUUAAUGGGCAAUCAGUUGAAACAAGCAGCACCUGACAAAGUUUAACAGAAAAUUCAUUGGUUAAACUGUUUGCGCGGUAUCGGUUGGAACAAAAUCCAGCACCCACUUGGCCCUUUGAGGAACUGCUUUGACACCUACGAGUCGGAGGGGUAAAACCUGCCUUACGUCAAGUUUGACACGAACGAGAAUGAAAAACACGCUUCGUGCAAGUUGUUGUUGAACGCCUCCCAAAUUUUACGUAGGCGCGUUUUGUGGCAUUUUUGUCGUCGCUCCGUUGGAGCAAUGUGCCAUCUGAAACGCUUUUUACGCGCGUGGGGUCAAGAAUUGUUCGAAAACAAGAAAGUCAUUCACCUUCAGGACGAGAAAACACCGAUUCCUCCACAGGCGGCGGCGGCGGCCAUCUUAUCUGCCUCUACGGCGGCCGCGGUUUAUUGGCGAUAUCGGUGCUUUAGCGCCAACGCCGGUGCGGAGGGUGACUAACAGGCCGCCUGUGCAAAAAUGAUCAGCGUCCGUCCGAGUGACGAAAUCAUUUGAAUAAAACCCGAGUUUUACAAACGGCAGCUACGCUCUUGUACUUAAAAAAAAAAAACAAAAAAAAAAAAACACAGCAGUCGCCACAAUUUAGUCAUUGUAUAUGUCAUUAUAUUGAUAUUAUAGUCAAAGGAGAGAAUGUACUUUGAAAAAACUUGCUGAAUUGAGAAUAGAUGAUACAGUCAAUAUUGUUAUAUUUACUUAUUUUUUUAAAAAGAAACGUUGGUUCCAGCUUCAAACUUUAAUCAAUGUGGGCGCUGUGCUGUGCAUCCAUUUUUCAUCAUUCCACAACAGCACUUCUACUUUGAAGCUAAACAUAUACAGGCCACUAAUCUCGUGGUGUAGCUGUGUUAAUGAGCCUUAUCAACAUCUCCCACAUUCUUUGUAGAAUGUCAACAUGACAAGUCCAGUACAAAUCCUGCUUACCGAUACUGUCAUCUCAAAGUUACAACAAGAUGGAUAUUUCAAUGUAACAUGAACACUUCCUUAAUAUAUAUCGUUGCUCUUUUGUCGGCGCAAAAAUCAUUGAAUUUCAAAUGGAAAACGCUACAUAAAUGAAACAUCACCCAUCCAAAGAGUAGCCUUUAGUGGAGAAAACAUUUCCUACCGUGAAAUUAAAACGAGCAUAUGUUCGCUUUUCUGUAGUCUAUCGAUGCCAAACAAAAACAGGGAGAGCUUGAAAUCUGCGCUUCUGACUGAAAUAAUUGAUUUUAUGGGUGCGUCUAAGACACCGCGUGAUUCAAUGGGCUGGCGUCAAUGUAGCACUUCCAACUAAAAGCUCGUGUGCGUGUGUGUGUGUGUGUGGGGUCACCUGGCUGUAUUGUUACAUCUGAUCGCUAUCAUGGAGUUGUGUGAGUAUUGCUGCGAUCUAUUACGUAGAAUAAAGAGGAAAGGACUGUAGUGUAGGCCAAAGUAGCGGAGUAAAGGUGGCCUUUUCUUCUUCACAAAGCUACUCGCAUCAGUGUCAAAAGUAUGGUGGUAAAAGAACUUUUUUUUCCUCAAAAGUGACUCAAGUAAGGCGUUACUACAAGCUACCUGUUUAAAGCCUAGCUGUGAGGGAGGCCCCAUGUUGCAACUCUUCAUUCACCUUCUUCAAUUUUGCCCCUGGUUAUUCCUCCUCAAGUCUCCACCAAGCCCAAAUACGCCAAAAGAAAUGUCUCUUAUUCCCGGAGUCGUCAAGGAGACGCGUCACUUUGUCGGCGAUGCAUUAUUCAACACGCGAUGUGCGCGGGAUCACGUUUAGCUGUUGCCUAGGGUUGAGAGAGCUUACGCCGAGGUCAAACGACACCAUUUUGUUGGGUGUCGGGUAACGAGACGCCGUGUCGCAGAGGGCUCGACGAACCGAAACGGACUUCUUUUACAUAGGCCGCACGGUAUUACACUCAAAUUGAUUGAUACUGAUCAGUCGUGCUCUACGCAAUGACUAGAGUCAGCUCCUAAAUGAAUUCAUUGGCUGAUUUGCACUGGACUAACCCGAUCAGAUCUGGUCUAAAAGGGAACAUUGAGCCAUAUUAGCAUUUGGAUCAAGCCAGCGUUUUCGACCAACAAGCCACAACAUAUUCAGUCUUUGACCCAACAAUUCAUUUUUUAAACAGAAAUCACUUCUUUAUUCACUGAAAAAUCCAACAUUUGACCAAAAAUCCAACAUUCUUUGAGCUGGUAGUACGUGCUCGUCCGUCAAUGUCCAUUCCAAAUGGUUAGAAACCUUUAUUUUUGAAGGAAAACCUUUGAAUUUUACAGACGAAAACAUUUCAAGUCAUCUAGACAUUUUGAGAGGACUAAACUAUGACUAAGACCAAUCAUUAUUUGGUCCAAAAGACUCAAAUGAAAAGGACUGCCAAAAUCAACACCGCAGUCAAGGUGGUGUCAUCGACUAACGCCGAGACCAAAUACGUCAUAGAUUUACGAGUCAUUUUCUUGAGCCCUUUUGAAUGGAUUCAACAUUUGUAUGUCACUGCUGCUGAUUUAGAAAUCAAAUCCACAACUGUGACGGAGGCCAGAGGCAAAUACUGCAGAUCAGAAGGUCUUCCAGCGCACGGCCGACAAGAUGGCGUGCACAAAGUACAGCAGCGCGGUCACGUACGAAAACACCUGAAGACACAAGCGCACAACUGUCAAUUAAAUGCAUUUACGCUCAGCCUAACGAAUGAUCCAAAUAGCCGUCAAUCGAUGGAUGGCACCCACCCAUUAUUAUGUUCAAGUACAUCAUUUGAAAAAUGGAAUCAAUUUCCUUUCUUAAAAUACUUUGGGCCUCCACUUUAAAUAUCUUCAUUCUAUACGUUGGCAAAAUUUGCAUUUAUUUUUCAAGUUAUUGUAGUAAAAAAAUGAAGGGGUGCCAAUAACGGCAAGCGGGACCCUUCCGUAUGUACGACGGACGGCGUGCGCGACGGACCACGGCCGAGAUGUCCAGCCGGUAGUUCUGCAAGCUGCCGGCGUGCCGGAUGUCCAGCGUGACCCCCGCCAAGGACACGGAGGCGCUCAAAUAGAAGACGGCGGCCACCAAGUGGUAGCCGAAAUCCUGAAAGACAAAAGCCACCUUUUCUAGACCGAGCGCCCGCGGCGGCGGCGCCGCCGAAGUAUUACUCACUGCCGCCGCCCAGCCGCUUUUGUUGGAAUGACACCCGCACAGGAAGACCAGGCUCCACAAAGACGUGACGACGAAGCAGAAGACGCUGACGAACAUCACCCAACCUAGCGGGUUGGCCGGAACCACCAGGGUGCACGCCACCAAGAUCCACACCAGAACCCCCAAAACCUAAACACAAAGAUAGGAGCGGCGUAUGCUAUUGUAUGGGCGUAGGGACAAAACACUAGCGACUUUUCUGGAGCCUCAAACAUUCAACCAGUCUUAUAUAAUGACUUUGGUUAUAUACAGUACUGUGCAAAAGUUUUAGGCAGGACACCUGCCUAAAACUUUUGCACAGUACUGUAUACA